ACUAAGCAGAGAGGGAGAGGCCAACGCCAGUUAGAGGACCAAGGGAAAAGAGAGCAGCUGAAGGAAAGUUCUGAGUCUACAGAACCAGAAUCAGGACCAGAACCAGGACCGAGGACCAGGAGCAUGUCAGAGUCCAUCAGGAGGAGAAGCUCCAGCAAACAGCACCUGCAGAACCUCAUCAGGGUGACGGCACAGAGGAGCCAGGAGGAUGCUGAGGAGGUAGAGAGGGAGAGGAGGAGGCGAGCCAGGGAGAUGCCCAGAGGAGAGCCCAACCAGAACAACCACCUCAACCACAGCACAGAACACGCUAUAGGAGGAGAAACACAAACCAACUUCUUAGACCUGUCUGAUGAGGAGCUGAAGCUGUCCUGCUUGGUCCUGGAGGAGGACGAAGGCUUCAGCGAUUGGAGCCACAGACUGGAAAACCGUAAUGAACAUAAGGUUCAGGGUAGAGAGAAAAAGCAAAAUUGUUGUGCUCCAUCAGGUCCGGUGGAGACCAAACAGCAGGAGGAGGUUGAAAAGGAGCAUGAGCGAAGGAGCUCUAAGGAGGCAUCAGCACAACACCCUGAGAAGGAAUCUGCCUCCCAGAACACGGGCAGGACGUCGUACAGCUCCUCUGCCUUUGUGUCUCAGGACACUGGGCUGCAGCAGGUUGCGAGACAACCUGUGACCAGGAUGUCCGACCUGGCAGCAGGAACCAUGAAGCCACGAAACUUUGACCAGUUUGCUGAUCUUCACUUCGGAGGAGGAGCUUGCAGGAUGGAUGCGGAGGUGAGGCCGGAGGUGCAGGCCGAAGACGAGCAAGAGGGAGAGGAAGUGAAGCCAAGCUUGAGGAGGAAGACAACUGAACUCCUGCAGAACUCAGGAGAGGAAGAUCAAGAUGAGAAAGAGCUGAGCUUCACACUUGAAGAGGAGGAAAAUCUUUAUGUCAGGAGGGAGGAGAGGGAAGAGGGAGAGGAGGAGGAAGUUCAAAACAAGAGACUCCUGGAGGCUCGGAGGAGGAGAAGCGAGGAGAUGUACAGCAGAUCUUCAGGGUCUCUCUUGAGCGGCAGUGAAGGCGAGGAGUCAUUAAACUGCUAUGGUCCCAUGAGCCCAACCUUCAAGAAACUCCUCAUCCAGUUUUACCCUGAAGAGGCGAACAGCCGAUCCUCAGCAGAUGGAAAAUGCUCAAUAACGGAAAGAACAGAGUCUCUGAGGAAGAGCUCCAGCAGCCUGAAGAAGACAACAUCACCUCUUCCUGUGUGUAAGAUUGAUAAAAAGCUGGAACAAUAUGCUCAGGCUCUGGAGGUCUCAUCAAAAGAAGGGAGGUCGAGUUGCCCGGUGCCGACAGACCUGAUGGGUUCGUCUGAACCUGUUGCCUCUAAGAAGAACCUGUUUGAAGCUGGAGAAGCCUGGAGCCUAAAUGUCAUCUCAGCCACCUCAUCUAAGGAUGCUGAUGGUUUAAAAGUGGGCGUGGCCAAUCUCAUCAACCAGUGGGUGAAAGGUGACGAUGGAAGCGGGAGCACCUCACCUUCAAAGCCAGCUGAGAUAAGACCUGGUGGAGUUUUAAACAAGAAGAAUUUAUGGGAAAGCCUUGGUGACACGAUGCCUUCAAUGAGAGAUGGAAAGGAGAACUCCACAAAAAAAUAUAAAUUUGUGUCUUUGGGUCACGGCAAGUAUACAAAAGUUUCCGGUGGAAAUGGCAGCAGUGAAGAUGCAAACUACCCCGAAGCUGGACCGCUCUAUGAUGAUUUGUGAGAUGUGUUGGGAAUACUGGAACUAAAGCCACUAUCAGUUCACUUAUUGCUUUGAUUUGGAAAAGUUUUUUUUAUUUUCUUUUUUUUUCUUUUUUCACUUUUGUUCUACUGGAAAUGCCCAAGAAGCAAAAAUGAAAAUUUUGCCUUUACUUCAGACUUGUAAUAAUUUUGUUUUGUGACUAUUAUCUCAAGCCAUUUGGAGGAUUUUUGAAUACAAUAAAAUGUAUUAAAAUGUC